AUGAGCGAGACGAGCCCGCGCGCCGUGCGCUUUUCGCAAAGCGAGAUCGAGCUUUUACCCGACAAGCACAAGAGCUCCAGACCCAUUGCCAUUACGACGGAUACCGAUGGCUCCGGGUCCUCAGAAUUCUCCACGCCCGACCAGGUAGACCUGAACGAGCUCGAGCGCCAGGACGAGCUGGGAUCGUUGGCCAGAUAUGCGGAUGCGAGUAUGUCGAGCUCCAUGGCUUCACUGGCACCAAAUUCGGUCGCAAACAGUGCCAAUAGCGCGACCAGCCGGCAGCGAGUCGCCACGGCAGAGACAACCAGCAAUACUACGGUAGUGAAUGGCACGGCGAGUCGCCAACAGCAGAGACCGCUACAGUUGACCCGAACGCCCUCGAGCACGUAUGCGCCCCAGCGAGGACCCGCAACUCAGCCCUACACGAUUAAUACUCGAUCUGGCUCCCGCCCUCGCCAACGCAGCGAUGACCCUGCCGAUAAAUUUCGCAAUCAAGAGCCUGCGUAUCUGCGUCUGAUAAAACAAGACCAGCCGCCGCCAGGCUACUUCGACACGUAUACCCCUAGUUUAGACUAUACCGACGAUGAAUCCGACGGCGAGACACCCUCUUCCGAAAGUAUCUUUGAUGACCGUUUUGACGAAACCAUCAUGUUUUACAAUACCGAUGAUGACAACUUGCAACCAACCGAGGACGAUAUUAAGGACCCCACGAAUCGGGAGCGGCUUGAAUGGCACGGUAUGCUGGCUGCGGUCUUGACUGGUGAUGUCGUUAAGCAGGAGAAGAAGCGCCUCAUAGGCUCGUCAGACCAGGCAGGCAGCAAGACGGCGCACAAGACAGAACUGUGGGUUGCCUUGCGGUCCAGAUCAUGCGGGCGAUCUCUUGCGGUACAGCGGAGGAUUAUGGAGGAGGGGCGUGCGAACCUGGACAGGACCAUUGACGAAAUCAUUCGGUUCGAGGUGCAAGGAGAGAGCGAGGCGGGGAAGCCACCUGUCGAACAGAUACGGGAUGUGGUCAAGAAGAUUGAAAGAUGCGAAACUCUGUAUCCGUCAUGGCAGGCUCUGGGCGCUGAGCACAAAACCGCUACCUCUCCAGCCUUUCACGAGGCGUGUGAUGCCGUUUUAUCAUGGUACAACACCAACGAGUUGAUCAAUACAGAGCUCUCUAUCUUAAAGAAAUGGGUUGGGAAUGACGAACUCGACUUUCAAAAGACCCAGCAAAGGUCCCCAAGCACCAACGGUCUGAAGGACGACAUAUCCUUUCUGGACCGUCUAAUGAAAGAGGAUGGGCUGAAGUCACUACACGACGACGACGAAGACGAGAAGGUCCGGAAAGCCAUCAAGACGAAAACACUCAUCCGCAGGAGCAUGCUUACAGCCAUCUCGACCACCAUUGCCAAGGCCAAGGAAACCUUGAUAAUGAACUCGGCAGCAUUUAAGAAACGACAUCUGCCGCCGUACAUCGAGGAAAUACUCACGUUAAUCAGCUUUCCCUCGCGCCUCGUUGAGGAAAUCAUCAAGGUUCGAGUGACUUAUGCUAGGAAAAUGAAGGAGUCCACCCAGUCGAACCUGAUGCUUCAGGACCAGAUGAUCUCGCAAUUUCAAAUCCUCCUCAAGCUCGCCAUUCGCAUCAAGCAAGAGUACUUGACCGUGUCCCAGCCCCAGCCGGGCUGGCAGCUCCCACCGGUGAUCGACGACUCUUUCGACCAGGUCGUGGUAGAUGCUUUGAAGUUUUACUUUAAGAUGUUGAACUGGAAGCUGAGUAGGAAUAAGAACACAUUUAAAGAAGCGGAAGUCCUGUUCCAGGAAUGGGAUUUCGCCAAUGAGAUUGGCCGCAAUCUUAAUGGAGGCGACAUCGAGGUGGCGGAGCAGUUUAGCACUCUGACCUUCAAAGCACUCAAUCGCCUCAGUCAAACAUUUGAAAAGGAACUUCAGCGAAAACCUAAGGAGUCCGCCGACUCUUUAAGCAAACGAUACAAGCAAACCCUCGAGUCGGUUAGAGUACGGCAGAGGAUGCUGCAGCGUUUCUCGCGGAUGCUUAGCGACCAUUACGAGAACGCAUCCGAUCUCAGCAUUGCCUUUGACUCGGACGGCAUCCAGAACUUUUACGACCGCCUUAUAUCCACCCACCAUUUCCUUGUUGAUGAAAUUGACGGCAUCCAGAUCAUCGCCUCGCCGGUCCUGAUAGGCCGGGAUGACGAGGUGCAGUCCAUUUUGCGAACGUGCUUCCAUGAAGAGAUGUCGGAAGAUCCCACGGAUCCCUACGUUCUGAUAAUCCGGCCAGAAAGUACCUUGCAUUGGUUCGGCAACCGAAGCACCCAGCCUUUGAAUGUUGAUUCCUCUGAUCUCAAAGUUGGCCAAAUACGGUUGAUCGCCGACGGAUCGCAGUACAGACUUGCCAACGCACGGAAGAAUUUCUUGGAGACGAUAGAGUUUCACUUGGACCUGGUGGUGGAGCAACGCUCCAAUUUGCAUAAGGUCAACACCAGGUUGAUGGAAAUACGAAAGGUCGCCUUCAAGCUGUCGAACACGUUCAUGGACAGCGUCGAAAUCAUCAGAAAGCAGACGCAAGGUCUGGACUGCUCAGAGCUCAUCCAGACCUGCUUCGUGUUUGCCACCGAGUUCGGUCAGCGGUCCCUUCUGAGCAUGGACAGUAAUCGUCGUCAAAUGAACAACAUGAAACUAACCAAGUUGGCCUUGGACUGGGUGAGUUUCAUCUGCGAUGACUGUGCCGUGACGGAUCGCAAGUCCUUCCGCUGGGCCGUACCUGCUCUUGAGUUCGCCAUGGGCAUGACGAGAGGACGACACAUUCUUGAUCUGGACCCUGCCGAGUAUUCGAGACUGCGGGCCAAAGUCUCGGGUUGCAUGUCGUUGUUGAUCUCGCACUUCGACAUAUUAGGCGCCAAAUCCAACCAGGCGGCGCAGUCCGAGCGAGAACGUAUCGAGGCUCUAGUCGGGCAGUUCAAGAGAAUUGACAAGAACCGCAUGCGUGACGACGAUGAGGCUUUGAAGUUCGUCCAGGAACAACGUCUGGAGAAGCUUUCACCCAUCGAUGACCAGCAACGACAGACUGUUGCUGAAAGACAGGGAUUGGGACGGGUUUUGGAGGUCUCCAACGAAGUCGACCGAUCGCUUGCCUACCUGUCGUCGUCGGCUACUAACGUGACGAUACGGUGGCAGCAGGGUCACUUCGUUGGAGGCGGCACCUUUGGAAACGUCUAUGCCGCCAUGAAUCUGGAUACGGGACAUUUGAUGGCCGUCAAGGAGAUUAGGCUGCAGGAUCCAAAACUCAUCCCUCAAAUCGCAACGCAAAUUAAGGAUGAAAUGGGCGUUCUCGAGGUCCUCGACCAUCCCAACGUAGUGUCUUAUUAUGGCAUUGAAGUCCACCGGGACAGAGUGUAUAUCUUCAUGGAGUUUUGCUCCGGUGGAUCUCUGGCCAACCUUUUGGAACAUGGCCGAAUUGAAGACGAACAAGUGACAAUGGUUUAUGCGCUGCAGCUACUUGAGGGCCUAGCAUACCUCCACGAGAGUGGCAUUGCCCAUCGCGAUAUUAAACCAGAGAACGUCCUCCUCGACCACAACGGUGUCAUCAAGUACGUCGACUUUGGUGCUGCUAAGGUCAUAGCACGGCAAGGGCGCACUUUGGUACACGGAAGUUCUGGCGUCGUUGGCGUUGGUACAACCUCGAGGCCCAACAAGUCCAUGACCGGAACCCCCAUGUAUAUGUCUCCUGAAGUUAUCAAAGGUGAGAACCCUGGCCGGGCAGGAGCUGUCGACGUAUGGUCCCUCGGCUGCGUCAUCCUCGAGAUGGCAACUGGGCGCCGUCCGUGGUCCAAUCUUGACAACGAGUGGGCCAUAAUGUACAACAUCGCGCAGGGCAACCCGCCGCAGCUCCCCAGCACCGAUCAACUCAGCCCCCAAGGUAUCGAUUUCCUCAAGCGAUGUUUUACGCGGGAUCCGAGACGGCGUGCCAGUGCCGUCGAAUUGUUGCAGCAUGAAUGGAUAAUGUGCAUUCGCAACCAGGUUGUCGAGCCGCCGACGCCUAGUGAUACUAGCAGUAACUCGGCGCAAAGCACCCCCCAUCCCAACUCGGCGGGUAGCCGUAGUGCAGGCUCUGAUGGGUUCUACUAG